AGAAGCUCCCAUAAUAGACGCCAUGGUGAAGUACUCAAGGGAGCCGGACAAUCCUACCAAGUCCUGCAAGGCUAGAGGCUCCGACCUCAGAGUCCAUUUCAAGAAUACUCGAGAGACUGCCUUUGCCAUCAGGAAGUUACCCUUGGCAAAGGCUAAGAGGUACUUGGAGGAUGUUCUAGCACACAAACAAGCCAUUCCAUUCCGAAGGUUUUGUGGUGGAGUUGGUAGGACAGCUCAGGCUAAGAAUAGACAUUCUAAUGGGCAAGGGCGUUGGCCUGUUAAAUCAGCUAAAUUCAUUCUAGACUUGCUUAAGAAUGCUGAGAGUAAUGCUGAAGUGAAAGGUUUGGAUGUCGAUGCCCUCUAUAUUUCACAUAUCCAGGUUAAUCAAGCACAGAAGCAGAGACGCCGCACCUACCGAGCUCACGGAAGGAUCAACCCUUAUAUGUCAUCUCCCUGCCAUAUUGAGCUUAUUUUAUCUGAGAAGGAAGAACCUGUGAGGAAGGAGCCCGAGACCCAGUUGGCCACAAGCAAGAAAGCCUAAGCCCUUCGAAGCGGCCCUUCAUCUUAAAUUGCCUGUGUAACAUCUGAUCGAAGACCCAAUAUUUUUAGAGUUUAUUGAGAAUUUUGUUGCUCUUUAGUUAUCACAUUGGUAUGAGUUCUUCCUAGCUUGAUCAAGUAUGUUUUCUUUUAUACGAUGUUUAAUCAAAUUUGGUUUUCUUUCUCGGAUAACUUUAUCGUCCAUGUGUUUGGCUGGUUUCAACUUUCACCUCAAAUUCGAGUUCUUGUUAGCCACAUCUAGCAAGUAUAAAAGAUUUAGCUCGCUGCGAUA